AGCACCGGGUGAGAGGGAGAUAAUUCUGCAUUAGGUCGUUGGCUCCUCUGCGGACAGAGGACUUUCUGCACAAAGCAGCUAAAAGACAGCUGUGGAUAUCACGUGUCUCCAGUCUCUCAGACUUCAGCCGUCACCACAUUCAGAAAUACUACGGUGCUUUCAUCGAAGGCAAACCAAGAUAAGAAGAGGUUGGUUGUUACUCCCUUUUGCAUCUAGCAUGGACACCCUGUCGUCACUCUUACAUGGAGGCCGAGAUGGUCAUAUUUCACAAGUGACAGAGGGAUUGCUUCAUAAGGGAGCUCGUCGCAAAAGAGAGUUCAUACCUGACGAGAAGAAGGAUGACCUCUACUGGGAGAAACGAAAGAAGAACAACGACGCAGCCAAGCGGUCUCGGGAGAAGAGAAGGAUGAACGACUAUGUGCUGGAGACUCAUCUCCUGUCCAUGAAAGAAGAAAACACCAGACUUAGUGCUGAAUUAAUGGCCAUCAAACUGCGCUUUGGCCUGGUCCCCUCUGCAGCCUACACUGCUCACCCAAACCCCCACCUGCACACACACCACCAGGCCCUUCAGAGGGACUAUUACUGGGGUGGCAGAGACCCUGUGAUGCCCAGACACCAACCACCUCACCCUCUCUUCAUCCCUGCUUAUGCCCUCCAUGCCAUGAGAGGCUAUUCAUAUUUGAACGCGUCCAGUACUACGGGUUCUGGUUUCCUAUCUCCCCUUCUCCUCUCUCAAGAUCUCCUGCCCUCAUCCCGUCCUGGAGCUCCCCUCCUGAGGCCAAUUCCUACCAAAGUUGCUUCAGAUGAGGAUGAGGAGCAGCAGGACCCUGGGGUGUUGUCCCGGUCUUGGCCAUCUCAACCUGGCAAAAUCACCUCCAGAGGGGAUAGAAACUACUCUCCAACCAGACAAUACAUGUCCGAUUGACAAUCGAUUCCUAGAGUUGCUCCGA